AUGGAGUCAAUAGCACGUAUCUCAGCUCUCAUGGAGACUGCGAGGGAGCUCACCCUCGAUGCAGCCCAGGCGACGCGCGGUGCGCGCACGAGCUCAAAGCCUCUGGAUAGGAACCAGAUGAAAAAGUUGCUAGACAGUAGAAAUGAGCGCGAGGUUCUCGACGGUUUACGGCGUGUUAUCGCGAUGAUGUACCGCAAUCACAAGACCUUGCCGUUCUUCUCAUCCGUUGUCAAGAACGUUGCGUCCCCGAAUAUAGAGAUCAAGAAGCUUGUUUACAUUUACCUCAUACACCAUGCCGAACAGGAACCCGACCUCGCCCUACUGUCCAUCAACACUAUUCAAAAAUCCCUAUCCGACCAGAACCCUCAAGUUCGAGCUCUUGCCCUCAAGACCAUGUCGGGGAUCCGAGUCCCCGUCAUCAGCCAGAUCGUAUCCCUCGCCAUCAAGAAGGGUGUUGCCGACAUGAGCCCCUACGUGCGGAAAGCCGCUGCCCUUGCGAUCCCGAAAUGCCAUCGAUUAGACCCGAGUCAAGCGCCGCAGCUGAUCGAAAACCUGUCCACUUUGCUGGGAGACAAACAGUAUUACGUCGCCGGAGCCGCCGUGUCGGCUUUCCUGGAGAUUUGCCCUGACCAAAUAGAUCUUAUACAUAAACAUUAUCGCGCGCUGAUAAAGCAGGUGGUGGACAUGGACGAAUGGAGUCAACUGGCGACACUGCGACUCAUGACGUAUUAUGCACGAAAGUGCUUCCCGCGGAAAUCUCAAUCACCAGACGAAUCUGCCGAGACCGCCCAGGAACAGAAAGUAGACGACUUUUACGGUGAAUCACGGCAAGGCAGUCGAGGUCAAGGCUCUUCUUCAGUCUUGGACCCAGACCUCGCACUGCUACUGAACGGGAUCAGGCCUCUUCUACAAAGCCGAAACGCUGGUGUUGUUGUCGCCGUUACUAGAUGCUACGUUGACAUUGGCACACCGGAAUAUGUGAAGCAGGCUAUCGGCCCAUUGAUUGCUUUGCUGCGUGGAGCUCAGGACAUACAGCAGACGGCUCUCUUUAAUAUCGUUUCUGUGUGUCUUAUUCGACCAGCAGACUUUGUUAAAUAUGCCAGUCACUUCCUUGUUCGUGCUACGGAUACAGCCCCUAUUUGGGAACUGAAGUUGGAGAUCUUGACCAUCAUCUUUCCCCACAGCCCUUCACAUGUCAAGAGUCUUAUUCUAAAGGAGUUGGAACACUUCUCGCAAGGGACUAACAAAGCAUUGGUUCGUGAGGCGGUGCGCGCUAUUGGCCGCUGCGCCCAGACCGACACUACUACAGCUCCUCGAUGCUUGAAGUUACUCUUGGGUCAGAUAACAAGUCUGGAUGGCACCCUUGCUGCUGAAUCACUCACAGUAAUUCGUCACCUGAUACAACAGGAUGUUCAGGGACAUGUUGGAACGGUUGUUCGGCUGGCAAAGAAUCUCGACUCUGCAACCGAUCCCCAGGCGCGAGCAACAAUUAUUUGGUUAGUGGGUGAAUUUUCAGGCUUGAAUGGAGAGGACAACAUCGCGCCGGAUGUUCUUCGAAUCCUGCUUAAAGAGUUCACAAACGAAUCACCAGUUGCUAAGCAACAGAUUCUGCUCUUGGCAGCCAAAGUGUAUCUCCAUCAUAUCAAUCGCAAGAGCGAAGCGGAAAAAGAGCGAGAUACAGAGGAGGAUCCGCCUAUGGAGAGUGACACCCAUCCUAUUGAGAGACUGUGGGAGUACGCCCUUCUCCUUGUCAGGUACGAUACGUCAUUCGACCUUCGUGAUCGUGCAAGGAUGUAUCGUUCGCUUCUUGCAGUACCUCAGCUGGCUACCCUGAUGUUGCUUGCUGAGAAACCUGCUCCCCAGGCUCCAAGCCCAUCUGAGUCCCGGAAGGGAUUCUUACUGGGCUCCUCGACACUGGUGCUUGCUGGUGGUGGCGGUAUUCAUGGUCUAAGGGGAUAUGAACCCUUGCCAGACUGGGUCGAGGAAGGGCAGCAGCCUGAUGGUCGACUUCGAGAGCCUGAAGGAGGUCAAAGUUCGAGGUACGACGUCGAAAGAAGCACACUCCCUGCUAGUGACAGACUGGAUGAGGCCGCAAAGACAAUCAUGCCCACCAAGGCCAACGGUACAGGUGAAGCGGUCGGUACAAAAACUUUGGACGAUUGGCUUGGAGAAGAGAAGGAAAGUGAAGAGUCGUCAGAUGAGACAGAAGAAGAAUCAUCCGAAGAAGAGGAUGACGACGACGAAGAAGAUGACGAUGACGAGGAGGAGGAGGAGGAGGAGGAAGAAGAGGAGACGGAUAGUGACGAUGACGAUGGAGAGGCCGACAGACUGGUCAAGUCCUGA